AUGUACUAUGGCAUGUGUCUCUCCUGGUUCACCCUCUGGGGAAAAGGCGGCACUGGCUCCCCAGCCUCGAGAUUGCUGAUGUCAAUCAUCCGCGCUGGACACACUCAAGAUUCACCCAGAUCUUCACUGACUGUGACUCCAGACAGUCCUGUAUUCACUGGAGAGACAGUCAAUCUGAAGUGUGUGAUUGAGACUUACAGUGACUGGAGAUAUGUGUGGUAUAAAGGCUGUCGAUGCAGUGUAAUGUUAAAGACGUCUGAUCGUUACACUGUAAACGGAGACACUCUCACUAUCAGAGGAGUAAUUACAUCUGAUCAGGAUCGGUACAGGUGCAGAGGACGGAGAGAUGGAGAAACAAACUCAUCACAAUGGAGCUCUGUUUCUCUCUCUGUGAAGGAUAAACCGAAGCCGACUCUGACUGUAAAACCGCAGAGUUCAGUGUUCACUGGAGACACAGUUACUCUGAGCUGUGAUGUGGGACAGUUAACUGGAUGGACAAUUCACUGGAGGAAAGACUCAGACCCUGAAUCCACGACUGAUGCAACUAAAACAAUCAAGUCUGUGAGAGCCUCUGAUGAAGGAGAAUACAGGUGCAGAGCACGACGAGGAAACUACUACAGCGAGUUCAGUAAUACAGUUAAGAUUACAGUAACAAUGAGACCCAAACCUGUAGUUGGUGUUGAUCCUGAUAGACGUGUGUUCAGAGGAGAGACGGUCACUCUCACAUGUGACAUACAGCAGACAGGAGUCUGGCAGUACAGCUGGUAUAAAGACAACAAACAAGAUUAUAUCAUAGGACGAGACCAGAACUAUAAAAUCCCAUCUGUGGAUCCGUCUCAUCGUGGUGUGUACAGGUGUAGAGGAACUCAGAUACAAGCACCAACACACACACAGAUGAGUGACGGAGUUACACUGACAGUAUCAGAUUCCCCCAGAUCUUCACUGACUGUGACUCCAGACAGUCCUGUAUUCACUGGAGAGACAGUCAAUCUGAAGUGUGUGAUUGAGUCUCACAGUAACUGGAGAUAUGAGUGGUAUAAAGACACAGACAGUAUAAUGUUACAGACGUCUGAUCGUUACACUGUAAACAGAGACACUCUCACUAUCAGAGGAGUAAUUACAUCUGAUCAGGGUCAGUACUGGUGUAGAGGACAGAUAAGAUCAGUCUCAUCUCAAUCAAACUCUGUUUCUCUCUCAGUGAAGGUGAGACCCAAACCUGUAGUUGGUGUUGAUCCUGAUAGACGUGUGUUCAGAGGAGAGACGGUCACUCUCACAUGUGACAUACAGCAGACAGGAGUCUGGCAGUACAGCUGGUAUAAAGACUACAAACAAGAUUAUAUCAUAGGACGAGACCAGAACUAUAAAAUCCCAUCUGUGGAUCCGUCUCAUCGUGGUGUGUACAGCUGUAGAGGAACUCAGACACAAGCACCAACACACACACAGAUGAGUGACGGAGUUACACUGAUAGUAUCAGGUGAGACGGUUCAUUUCUCAUUACAUCAUCUCAAAACAAACAGAUUGAAUUCCCCCAGAUCUUCACUGACUGUGACUCCAGACAGUCCUGUAUUCACUGGAGAGACAGUCAAUCUGAAGUGUGUGAUUGGGUCUCAAAGUUACAGAAGAUGGAGAAUUGACCAAACACAUAAACUGAAAUAUGAGUGGUAUAAAGACGGUGUAAUGUUACAGACGUCUGAUGGUUACACUGUAAACAGAGACACUCUCACUAUCAGAGGAGUAAUUACAUCUGAUCAGGGUCAGUACUGGUGUAGAGGACAGAUAAGAUCAGUCUCAUCUCAAUCAAACUCUGUUUCUCUCUCAGUGAAGGAUUCCCCCAGAUCUUCACUGACUGUGACUCCAGACAGUCCUGUAUUCACUGGAGAGACAGUCAAUCUGAAGUGUGUGAUUGAGUCUCACAGUAACUGGACAUAUGAGUGGUAUAAAGACACAGACAGUGUAUUGUUACAGACGUCUGAUCGUUACACUGUAAACAGAGACACUCUCACUAUCAGAGGAGUAAUUACAUCUGAUCAGGGUCAGUACUGGUGUAGAGGACAGAUAAGAUCAGUCUCAUCUCAAUCAAACUCUGUUUCUCUCUCAGUGAAAGGUGAGUUGAAUAUCACUGUCCUCAUAAACUCACUUCACUACAUGAACACACACCAUGUCCAACAUUUCAGCUCAACAACAAAAACGGUUAUAUUGCAAAUUUAAUUCAAACUGAAAUUUUGAUCGAACUUUGGAGAAAGGUCUCUGUGGUUGUGGUUGAUAAUUAUACAUUGCAUAUUUUAUCAA